GCACACCGAAUUCUAACCUAAAAAAUUGACACGUCGAUUUGCGAAAUGCUUCGAUUUCUCUGUCUCUCUCCUGCACGCGAAAACCCAUGCCAGUGAAACUUGCACGUACGUUGCAGCAAGCAAAACAUCUCACCUUCAGUCCCUGUAUUUUUCAAACUUGUUUUAAUAAAAAUAUGUGAAGCUCUUUUCACCAAUAAAAAAUGGAAACCAGCUUAGAAGAAGCCAAUAGAAAAACGGAAAGCGAGGACCCUGGACCGACGGUAAGUGAAUCGAAUAAUUGACUAUUUAAUUGCCGUUUCUAAAGUGAUAGUAGAAAGUGAAAGACCUCCAAACACGAUUUGAGAAAAAUCGGGUCAAUCGUACAAGAACUGGAGCAAGGCAGUAUCAUUUCAGUGUCAAGCGAGUUCAAACAAUAUGGUGUUCCAGGAUAAGAAAGAAAACGCUGAAAAUCCAGUGACGUCGGACCACUCCGAGUACGAUAGUGCCGAUAGUUAUAGCGAUGAAGGAGACAGCAAAGACGCUAAGCUGAGGUCCAGGAGCUCCGAUCCUGGAAACCACAGCAAUUCGGAAAGCGGUGGAAGCAUCACUUUGGAGCGUGAAGAGGGAGAUGGGCAAGAAAGCGCUCCACAAAAAAAGGUGGAUGAUGAUGAAGAUAAGAAGAAUCCACAGUAUAUUCCUAAACGAGGGACUUUCUAUGAGCAUGAUGAUCGUACGUUAGAAGAGGAGGGUGAAGUCCAGGUAGCAGAGGUUGAGAAAGAUGGUAAAAAGAAAGUUUGGCAAGAUAAGAAGGAAAGAUGGGCCCAUGAUCGAUUCAAUGAAACAGAGCAGUCUCCAAAAACCAAAUCGGAAUUGAUCAAUAUCUAUGGAUAUGAUAUAAGAAAUGAGGAAGGCCCUCCCAGAGCUAGAAGACGUAGAAGAUACGGUCGUGGACCAAAUAAAUACACGCGUAACUGGGAAGAUGAGGAAGCCUACAAUAAACCGGCUCCGAAGGCAAAGUUGCCUACUAAGAAACAAUCUAGGCCUAUCAAGAACGUAGAAGACUUUCCACCUCUCAUCAGUGAUCAGUCAGGAGAUACCCACCCAGCAAAUGAUUCGAUUGAUAGCUCAGAAGAUCGGCGCGAUUCUGUUGACAGACAGGCUGCUUUCCAGCCACCUGCUGCAGCAGAAAACUCUCCGGAGCAGAUUAAUAGGAGCAGAAAUUAUGCUCAGGAGGCCUACCAACGUAUGGGAUCUGAUCGGCCAACAAAGCCCAAGAAAGAAAUCAAGGAUUCUGAUUACCGGGGCUUCACCACUAAGACGCGUCAACAGAGACCUAUCAAGACUGAUCAGCAAAAGGUACUGCCGCGUAGCCAGCAACAACCGAAGCCGGACUUUAUCCAAACUCAGAACUACACGAACAAGUCGCGCGACAAUGCCCCGCAGUCGAUCCAGGAUAUGGAGAAGGAGAUGAGCAAACUGAGCGUGGACGGGGUGUACAAAGGGGGCAACAAACACGGCUCUCAAAGACAAGGUAGCGUGCCGCCGCGCUUGCAAUCCGAGCACUCGAAGGGGUCGAAAAGGUACAGCUCGAUGAGGCAGAGGUCUUUGCCUGAGGCGAAUACACCACCUGCCGCUGCAUAUCCUACUACUUUCUACCCAAAUGAGUACAACGGUCAAGGCCAGCAACCUCUUCCCCCCACUGCGCUACCGCCGCCGCCUGCGGCCGCUCCAUUAAUCCCCGCGCAGUACCCGCCCACCGGGUUCCCGCCGGGCGCGGCGCCGCCCCCUUUCGUGGCAGCUCCGCCUCAAUUCAUCCCCCCUCCGCCGCAACAACCGCAGAUCAUCAACUUUGUUCAGGCGGCCGCAGCCGCGGGACAACCACCCUUCGCCCCGCCCAAUUUCCAGGGUUACCAACAGCAGUUCAACCCUGUGGUAAGUCCGCGUGUUGCGGGUAGUUUAAGCGCUUGGACGAAUGACAUGCAGGUGUCUGAAUGGCUUAAAGGUGGAUGCUUGGCUGAAGUUGUGAAUAAUGAUAGGAUAGGAUAUAUUCCGCAUACCACUUAAAAAUGAUCUCACCGAGAAUAUACUGACUAAUAUCAAGCAUGAGCUAACGCUUUAGCAAUGGAACUGAUCAGAAGAGACUUGCAAUUUCACAAAAAAACUUAUUCAUUUUAGUGAUAACCUCAAAGUCUUAUAACUAAUAAUGGUAGGAAAAAACGAAACCUCGUUAUUGAUAAGAAUUUUCUCCAGGUAUCCUAUGGCUUUAAAAGGAAAAUCCAUUUUUGACCCCGUAAAUGAAAAAAGCGGAAAAUUUUACGUGCAGAUACGGUCUUGACGAUUCUUAAAUUUUGACCUUAGUAGUUCAUGAUCAAUGUCAAACACAGGUACGGUGAUACUACCGAGUCAUUUUCAUGAUUUUUUCCCGGAUAUCCAAUGGUGAUCUUGGAUCUGUCCUUGACAAAGACUUUCAAGGUCAUUAAAUGGAGAAAGGGGAAUAUGUCCUUGACCAUUUUUUUAACUCGACCUAGGACUUGACCAUCAAGUU